UGGAGAGACCCUGCAGAAAUGGCGCCAAUACUGCGACUCAGCCUCACCGCCGUAGGGGUCACUUGUUCUGAUGAAAUUCAGCGCCGUCCCCUUUCUUGAAUACCUUGUAUACCAUUCAUCUAGAUUAGCCCCCAUUUCCCCGCAGCUCCGCAAAGACUCUCCGGUGAAGACUUCUUAAGUCGCAAAGUUAGCCUUCAUCUUUGAUGGAACCCAUAACAGGGUUCAGAUCGGAACAAAACGAUAGCCGAGGAACCGUUGGCAUCAUUUGGGCCUGCUUGGUCACCACAUUUUUGUGUACAUAUACGGUUCUCCACCUGGAUGUCCAAACACGAACUUCGACAAAGUGGGGCCCAACCAGACGCAAGCUCAGAUGGAUCAUGGCCGGUAUCUUUGCUCCGGAGGUCAUUACAUCUAUUGCAUACUCACAGUGGCUGUUUGCCCGAGCUCUAGUCAAACACAUGGAAGAGAACGGUUGGAUCAAUGCGACCAUGAUCGAAGCGCACUUUUUGUCAAUGAGGGGUGUCGCAGUCAGGAACAAGGUGGAGGACAGGAUACGAAUUGGACAGACUCACCUGACUCCUUCAGACGUCGUCGGUAGCUUGGAAUUUCGGGCGGCGUUCCCUUCAAAGGCAACAAUCCAGGACAAAAGCAAGACCGAAUUGAUUGGAAAGCUCUCAACAUGCACACAAAUCCUCUGGCUACUUAUCCAGGUCCUAGGGCGUAAGCUUCAAGGGGACUCUGUUUCACUGUUAGAGGUUACCACCAUCUCGUACGUCGUACUUGCCAUGGCUACGUUCAUCUUUUGGUGGCAAAAGCCAAAAGAUAUCGAGGAGCCAUGUUUUGUCGACGUGGAGCUCGAUGUGCAUGAAGAGCCAGAGAGGAUAUUAUCCUGGUGGCGAGACUUCGGCAGACCGAGGGGCACAUCGACGUUCGCUGCAUACAUUAGCUCCGCCUGCUUCUCAGCUAUUCAUUGCGCUGCUUGGAACUACCAGUUUCCCACUACGACCGAGAAAUGGCUCUGGAGAGGAUCUUCAAUUGCGUGCUUCGUAGCACCUGUUACCUUCAUUACCAUGGCUACUGUCGUGCCGGGAGAUUUAAUCUUUAAUUCACUAAGGGCGAGGAUUAUCCUCGGGUCCUAUGCCGUCGCCCGGAUGUUUCUACUAGUAGAGAGUUUUGCUGCGUUUCGUGCGGCUCCGGCAAGCAUUUACAACACCGUUCAGUGGGCUGAAUAUGUUGCACAUUGGGGAUAAAUCUACUAUCAUAUCCUUUAUAUUAAGGGUAGGCAUCCGAACAAAAUGCUUUUUCAGUUUAAAAAAUAUGAAGCUGUCGCACGAUUGGGUGCGGGUAUUGUAGACGUAGAAUAGUUAGAAGAGAGUGUAUAUUAUUGUAUUGUUCUGGCAUCAUAGCUCAGCUUAUACUCAGGUCAUCGCACGGCACGAUUAGUAAUGUAGUUCAUGUUCACGACAACAUUUGGCCUGCGACAGAAGUUGAUGUUUUCUG